AUGCGGACGAGAUUAUCGACUAACACCAUCUCCACCCGCGCCCAUUCACCCAGCACUCACUCGACUCGUAGCCUGUGGAGUUGGGGACGUUCGUUCGACUAUUCCUCUCGCCUCGAUCCGGCAUUCCACCGCUGUGUCCGCCACCGCACCCUCAAGACUCGGGCAAAGCUUCUCGACAAAGUGCGACGCCGUAGCAGUUGGGAAGGCGGUGCCGCUCGCCAUCGAAUCAUCUCCCCGAAGCAGCUUCGCCUGUUCACCCAUGUCGGACAAUUCUUCAAGAACCAGAGCGAAUUUGCCAGUCGAGGCCGAUUUGAGCUGUCCAAGCAUGAACAGGAGUGGGAUCAACGCAUGGAGGCGAUGAAGAAGCUGGCUGCGACUCCGUACGGGAACUUGUUUGGCAAGGGCCUGGAGCCGUUCUGGCCAUGGUCGCGCGACAAUACUGGUGAUUAUGAACCACGUCACGUCGUUGUUGAUAUCAUAUCGGCUAACAUUCUUGCAGACUCUCACACCACCAGCCAGACUCCGCCAGUGCCUGCCAACACCGCCCGUCACGCCACUCGUCGCCAGUCGAAGGAUGCCACCGAGGAUGCGGAUGCCCAAAAUGGGCAGCAAACUAACUACGGCUAUUCCACGUACGAUCCGAUCACUAACCGUAUGGUUCCUUCAGAUUCUCAGCGUGAUGCGUCUCGCAAAGCGAUCCACGUUCCCACCGCGUCGACCACCGACACCAAGAAGACCGCCGUCUACUUCCCUUCUCUCCUCAACACAUCAUUCCAGAGGAACGUCAAGACAUCCACACUGACCAAAGCGACACCGAGGUCGGAGAAUGACCUCGACAAGCUCACGGCAGAGGAUGUUCGCGCCAACAUGGGUAGACGUGUGCAAGAUCGUGCACUGUUCAGCACCAAGUCUUCCUCAUCAGCUCCUCCGUCGAAUGAACCUCUUUCAUCCGCUCCCCCAGCCUCCGCACCACCUUCGUCAUCUCCUCCUUCGGGGAAGCCACCCAUGUGGUUUUUCCCGUCGAAGCCGCAACCUCAAAAGAACAAGCAAGCCUUGCAACCAGCCGUGCAGCGUAUGCCAACCAAGGAGCGUCGGUCAAUUCCAUUUGACCCCGACGAUUCUGCAGCCCACGAAUCUACUGGUGACAGUGUUGAGCCAUCGAGAGUCCCGCCAAAUUGGCAUCAACAGCAAGACAUCCUGCAGCAGCAGAGACUGGCCCGCACACGUGGCACGCCUCCCAAGCCCGAGGAGACCAUCGUAUCAAAAGCCGAAUAUGAGAAACUUCUGAAAGAGAAUCAAGCACUGAAGGAAGAACUGGCAAGCGACAGCAAGAACAUCAAAUAUGUGCAGAAGAUCAAGGACAUGAAGAAGGUGGUGGACGAGGCAUACAAGCAGAGCAGUGUCAACGCUGGAAUGCACGUCGACUACAUCAAUGAAUUACGACUUGAGCUUGACAAUGCUCAGAAGAAGAACAGUUCCAAGGUUCGAGAUUUGAAGGAUGAGCUCAACCAAGCAUACAAGCAAAGCAGCGUACACGCAGACAUGCAUCUGGAGCGCAUUCGCGACCUGGAGCAUGAACUCGCCGAAGCCAAAUCCGCGCUUGCCGACAAAACCCAGCCUGCCGAGUUCACUCAAGCUGAGGGUGACUUCGAUGCCGCUAACGUCGGCAAGUACGCCAAGGACUCCCGAUGGUAUAAGAGACCAUCGUCUGGCCCUGCCGUCACCACGAAGGACGUCGGUCUGGACAAGUAUCUCAAAGAACACGAGAAGAAGGUCGGCGACAAGUGGCAGUUCAAGGCGGAGGAUACCGACAAGCUGCUCGCUGAGCAAGCCGCACGCGACAAGGAGAUCAAGGACUGGGAGGCAGGAAAGCGUCUCAGUGAUGAGGAUCUCGCACGUCUGGCCGAGCAUGAGAAGAAGGUUGGCAACAAGUGGAAGUUCACUCCGAAGGACACCGAGAGCCUGCUACAAGACAUGAAGCGUCAGGACAGGAUGGUCGCUGUAGGUGAGGCUCAGAGGAAGGCCAAGAAGCUUCGCGGAGAGCGAGCCAUGCGCGAAGUCGCCGAGGAUGAGAAGUGCUGGAAGGAGUACGAUCUGGCCCACCCCGGACAGCACAAGUUCGAUAAGUCCAAGACCGAAACCCUCCUGCAAGAUAUCAAGCGCCAGAAUGAAAUGGUCGCUGCAGGCGAGAUUCAGAGGAAGUCUGAGCAAUUCCGCCAAGAGCAAGCUACGCGAGAAGUCGCCGAAGACGAGAAGUGCUGGAACGAGUUUGAUCUUGCCCACCCUGACCAGCAUAAAUUCGACAAGUCAAAGACUGAGAGUCUCCUUCAAGACAUGAAGCGUCAAGAUCAGAUUGUCGCUAGAUCUGAAGCUCAGAAGAAGGCCGAGAAGCUUCGUGCCGAGCAAGCUGUUCGUGAAGUCGCAGAGGACGCGAAAUGCUGGGAGGAAUACGACCAGGCGCAUCCGGACAAGUACAAAUUCGACAAGUCCCAAACCGACAGCCUUGUGAAGGAAAUCAAGCAGCAAGAUAAGCUCGCGAAUGAGCAUCAAAUGAAGACCAAUGCACAGAAGAUGCGAGAGCAAGCAGCGAUUGCCGAGGUCGAGCAGACCAAGAAGUAUCUCGCUGAAUACGACCAGGCUCACCCCAACAAAUACAAAUUCGACAAAUCGCAGACUGAAGAGUUGAUCAAGGAGAUCAAACAGCAAGACAAAAUGAUCGCGGCGAACGAGGCGAGAAUCAAGGCAGAGAAGUUGGCAGAUGAGCGGGCCGCAGCAGCUCGUGCGGUGACGGAACUGAAGCUCAAGGAGUACGACGACGCUCAUCCCAACCAGCACGUCUUUGACAAGGCCGAGACGGAUGCCCUCGUCAAAGAGAUCAAGGAAUCGGACAAGAUCAUUGCAGCCAAUGAGGCUAGGAUCGCGAACAUGCAGGCUGCUGCCGAUAAGGACGCUGCUGAGAUCGCAAUGACGGAGAAAGCUCUUCAGGAGUACGACGAUGCGCAUCCGAGCAAGCCAUUCGACCCUGCCGAGACGGACAAGCUCUUGGACGAGAUCAAGAACCAGGAUCGGAUUGCUGCGAAGAAUGUCGCCAACCUCCCUGACAGCUCCCCAGCCAAGGACAACUCAUCUCAGUGGGAGCAGCCACCGGUGUACAAGAUCCUGGCAUACGACUCCGGCAACGAUCUCUUCUCUACGGCUACCACAUCUUCCAAUGUCACCGGCCACGAAUCUGCCAUCUCCAUUCCGGAUGCCCUCGCUCAGCUGUACCAACCUGCGCGAUUCGUCCCUCACUUUGCCGAGCUUCAACAGAGUGGGUACCAAGUGAUCUACGGCAGCAAGGACUUGCUGGUCUUCAAGAAGCUGAAGGAGACUCCCGACGUGGGAGGCGAGGCGACUCUUGGUCAUGCCGACACCCAGGCCGAGCCCGUCACCAAUCUCGUCGAGCCGAUGAACCACACGGUCAACCCGGAGACCAAGAAUCGCGACAGCAUCUACUACGACAACGCCAAUGACAUCGAGAUCAAGCACUACCCUCGCGUCCGCCGCGAGGAGCGCGUGUUCUCUGGCCGUAAGAAGGCACGCCGCGAUUCCGUCAACGAGGACAAUCUUCGCCGCAAAUACGGUUGGGGCAGUCGUAUCCGCUGGGCUUUGGCGGUGGGCCUCGGCGGGAGCGCGGUCGCUUAUGGCGUUGGUGCUGCUGUCGAGCGCAAGGAGUUGAGGGAGAAGGAGCGUUGGGAGCAGAUCAUGAAGGCGAACCAGCGCCGCUGGUGA